AUGCGAUCUCCUUCACUCUUUUCAGCCGCAUUGCAGUUAGCUUCGCGUAAAGGCUUAACCAAGAGCACAACUCGCAUAAAUUGUCGUUCAAUCGCGAACUACACACACCCUCAUCAUGCUUCCGCACUAUCUGUCCUCCCAACUGCAGUAGACACGUCAUCAGUUGAGUAUCAAGAGAAUACUCGACAAAUGCAAGAACUUCUGGACAGAAUGAGCAGCCUACAUGGGAAAAUCGCCCAGGGUGGUUCUCAAAAGUCCCGAGACAAGCAUCUCGCACGUGGUAAAAUGCUUCCCCGAGAUCGUGUUGCUGCACUGAUUGAUUCCGGCACACCAUUUUUGGAAUUGUCCCCACUUGCAGGUCAUCGCGUCUAUGAUGACGAAGAUGUACCUUCCGGUGGGAUAAUCACUGGAAUUGGUGCAGUCGAGGGGGUCAAGUGUAUGAUUGUCGCCAACGAUAGUACUGUCAAGGGGGGCACAUACUAUCCAAUCACAGUGAAGAAGCAUCUUCGAGCACAAGCUAUUGCGCAAGAGAAUCGACUGCCAUGCAUCUAUUUGGUGGACUCGGGUGGUGCAAAUCUUCCUCACCAGGCGGAUGUGUUCCCAGAUCGGGAGCAUUUUGGACGUAUCUUCUACAAUCAGGCGCGCAUGAGCUCUCUUGGUAUUCCUCAGCUGUCCGUAGUUAUGGGCCCAUGCACUGCUGGCGGAGCUUACGUGCCUGCUAUGAGCGACGAAACAAUAAUCGUGGAGAAUCAAGGAACUAUUUUCCUAGCUGGUCCGCCUCUUGUCAAGGCUGCAACUGGUGAAGUUGUUUCUGCGGAAGACCUUGGCGGAGGCCAUUUACAUUCUACCAUCUCUGGGGUGACAGAUUACCUCGCAGUGGACGACUCGCAUGCUCUCACUCUUGUUCGCCGCUCAGUUAACAACCUUAACUAUCCCAAUGCCCUUUCGUCUGCUGAAAAGACUAUCAAAGAGCCAAUUUAUGAUCCUAAUGAGUUGAAUGGCAUUGUGGGUACCAAUCUUCGGCGCCAGAUCCCCGCCCAUGAAAUCAUCGCACGUAUUGUUGAUGGAAGUGAAUUUUCUGAAUUCAAGCGCGACUAUGGUACCACACUGGUAACUGGGUUUGCACGCAUCCACGGUCAUCGUGUCGGCAUUGUCGCCAAUAACGGGAUCCUGUUCUCGGAGUCUUCCCUCAAAGGUGCACACUUCAUUGAAUUAUGUGCUCAGAGACGCAUUCCACUUGUUUUCCUACAGAAUAUAUCAGGCUUCAUGGUGGGCGCGGAUGCUGAGAAGGGUGGAAUAGCAAAGAACGGCGCUAAGCUGGUGACUGCGGUGGCUUGUGCUGAUGUUCCCAAGUUCACAGUAGUUUUCGGCUCGAGUGCUGGUGCUGGUAACUAUGGCAUGUGUGGUCGAGCCUACUCCCCUCGAAUGAUGUUCAUGUGGCCUAAUGCUAAAAUCGGCGUCAUGGGCUCUGAGCAGCUAUCUUCCGUAAUGGAAGCCGUUGGGAAAUCUGCCGAUCCUGCUCUGAAGACUCGCAUAGAUCAUGAGUCUGAAGCCAUCUUCUCCUCUGCUCGUCUUUGGGAUGAUGGUGUUAUUCCGCCAGCUCAGACUAGGAACAUACUAGGUUUGGGUCUGGCAGCAGCGCUGGGUGGUAAAGAAGAACCAGAUAUUCAAACCAGAUUCGGAGUCUUCAGAAUGUAA